CCAGCCCUGAGGCGUCGGGCAUCGGAUACCGGCGCCUCCUUCUCCCGGUCCCCUGCGGCGGGCGCCUGCUCCGCUGCUGCGCUCCGACUCUUGGAGGGCUCGCGGCAGGGGGCGCCGAGGGGGCGGGGAGGACCCGCGACGCCCCGCCCCCUUCCGCGCUCCGGCAGAUAGGCCCGCCUCCGGGGGUCCUGGUCCCGAGGCGGCUCGGAGCUCAGGCCGGCGCUGCCCGCAGGUGUCGGCGGCGGCGGCGGAGCCACCGGCCCCAUGGUGGGUUUCGGGGCCAACCGGCGGGCCGGCCGCCUGCCCUCCUUCGUGCUGGUGGUGUUGCUGCUGGUCAUCGUCGUCCUUGCCUUCAACUACUGGAGCAUCUCCUCGCGCCACGUUCUGCUUCAGGAGGAGGUGGCCGAGCUGCAGGGCCAAGUCCAGCGCACCGAGGUGGCCCGUGGGCGCCUGGAGAAGCGCAACUCGGACCUCUUGCUCUUGGUAGACACGCAUAAGAAGCAGAUCGACCAGAAGGAGGCCGACUACGGCCGCCUGAGCAGCCGGCUGCAGGCCAGGGAGGGCCUGGGCAAGAGAUGCGAGGAUGACAAGGUUAAACUACAGAACAACAUAUCGUAUCAGAUGGCAGACAUACAUCAUUUAAAGGAACAACUGGCUGAACUUCGUCAGGAGUUUCUUCGACAAGAAGACCAGCUUCAGGACUACAGGAAAAAUAGCACAUACCUUGUGAAGAGGUUAGAAUAUGAGAGUUUUCAGUGUGGACAGCAGAUCAAGGAAUUAAGAGCACAACAUGAAGAAAAUAUAAAAAAAUUAGCAGAUCAGUUUUUGCAGGAACAAAAGGAGACCCACAAGAGUCAAUCAAAUGAUGGAAAAGAAUUGGGUAUAAAUGAUCAUGUAGCCCCUAAAAAUAUUCCAAAUAUGGCUGAAAAUGACGCAAAUAAGAAUGAGGACCCCUCAAGCAAUCAUGUUCCACAUGGGAAAGAACAAGCUAAACGAAUUGGUGAUGCAGGGAUGCCUGGAGUAGAAGAGAAUGAUCUAGCAAAAGUAGAUGAUCUUCCUGCUGCUUUAAAGAAGCCCCCUGUGUUAGCUUCUCCACAUGAAAGUCAUCAAACAAUUUCCCAUCUUCCAACUGGACAGCCUCUCUCACCUAACAUGGCUCCAGGUUCACAACUAAACCAGAAUGAAAAUCCUGGUACUUCCAAACAGAACCCUUCAAAUCCUCUUCAGCACCUAAUUCCAGGCUCAAACCUGGAGCGAGAACCCAGAAUUCAACCAGACACACUAAAGCAGGCCACCAGGGACAGAGUCAGUGAUUUCCACAAAUUGAAGCAAAGCCGAUUCUUUGAUGAAAAUGAAUCCCCUGUUGAUCCGCAGCAUGGCUCUAGACUGGCGGAUUAUAAUGGGGAUGAUGGUAACGUAGGUGAGUAUGAGGCAGACAAGCAGGCUGAGCUGGCUUACAAUGAGGAAGACGAUGGUGAUGGUGGAGAGGAAGACGUCCAAGAUGAUGAAGAACGAGAACUUCAGAUGGAUCCUGCAGACUACGGCAAACAGCGCUUCAAUGAUGUCCUUUAAGUCUAAGGAAUGCUCGCAACCCGAAGUGCUGUGCAGUGAAUCACCUCUACUUGUCAGUGUUGACUUCUGUUGUACAGAUACAUUGCGAUAGAGUUAAGGACAUUUUAAUGAAGGAAUGUACCGAUGUACAUAUGUGAACUUUUUCAUGUUGUAUUAUCAAAGCAGAUACUUUUUUUGGUUACAACACAGCUGAGCCAAAAACAGUUAAUCUUUGCAUUUAAAGCAAACUAAUGUAAAUUUCACAUUUUAUUGAACCUAAUUUUUUUCACAAAAAGACAAACAGGAACAAAUGUUUGUACAGGUUAAAUGCUGCACACAGUGUAAUGGCAGUGAGAAGUUAGUAUAGACACUAAUACAUUUUUGUUACUUCCCAUAGGUGUCCUCUGCUACCCCUCGUUUAACACUCUCUAAAGAGUUACGGUAGAAUAGUUACACACACAGUGGGGACCUGGAUGCCAAGCAGUGUGCAAUGUGUGUACAGAAUGACCUCCUGCUCCUUUUAUUUGGCUCGAGUGCUGAUGACAUAGGACUGAGGCCUGAUGGAAGCCCAGCUCAUCAUAACAGUGUUUAUAAGUUAUUCUUUACUUAGUUCUUGAAGUUGCGGAAUGCAUGGUUGACAAUGAAUUUUUAUUUUUUCAGGUAAUACCAGUACUGUUUAACUAUAGUCAGCACUGGCUAAAAUUCUUUAUAUUUUCAGAGUUGAGUCUGGUGAAAGUAUUCACUGUUUACACGUCAGCUCCUGAAAGUGACCAAGUCCACCUUGAAAUGAGUCUGCAGUCAUACAGCAAAGCUCUUCUGGUAGUUUUAAUGAUUGUACUUGAUUAGAGUUUUCCAGAACUACUAAGUAAGGGAUUUUAACAGGUUUUUAUUAAUGAACAGAUGAAUAGAAGUACCAUGAAGUCUACAGCUGUUUUAUUGAAAUAGUCGAAAACUUUGUAAUAAAAAUGAAUAUUUGUAAUUAAUGUUAAUUAAGAACCCACCAAGCUCGUUUGCUAGACUUACAGAAUUAUUUUCAGUGCAUUAUAUCUUUGCCAUUAUUUCAUUAGGAUGUAUAAGCUAGCUAAUCCUUGUUUUCUGAUUUCACUUUUAAAUUUUUUCAUGUUACCUAAAAAUGAAAGGUAUUGAUCAUCAGGGGAAAUGUAAGGCUGAAACCCUGUAAUUGCACAUAAAUAUGAAAUAUGGGGGAGUGACAUAACUCAGUGGUAGUGUAAGGCCUAGGUUGAUUCCCAACACUAAAAAAUAAACCCACAAGUAAACAUAUGGAAAGUCUCUACACUAAGGUUGUAAAUAAAAUACUAGCUGAUAGAAGAAAUGAUUGUUCACUUACUGAGAUGCUGAAGUUCUUAUAUUUCAGUCCAAAGUUAUUUCAUGGCCAGGAAAAAAUGGAAUAAUUUAUUAAAAUUUGUUUUUCUACUAUAUCAGAUUAUCCAGUGUUGAGGAAGCAAAGACAGAUGGGUCCCUGGGGCUUGCCAGCCGCCAUCCUGGCCUAAUUAGCAAGUUCCAGGUCCCAAUAAGGACUACUACCAAGGAACACCACACACACAGAUUGACCUCUGGCCUCCAUAUACAAACACAAACAACUGCACCUACACCUGCACACGUGUAAAUGCUUGUGUACACAAACACACACCCACACCAAGAAACCAGUUUAUACUUUUGUUGUCCGUAAAGUCAGGCCUACAGUAAAACUAUGACGAGUUACACUAAAGUGUGGUUAACGGGCAGUGAGGCGCACCCGCGGGAGUGCAAGGGGAGUCAGCUGAAUGCCUGGUGAUGCUUUGUACUUGGCAUUAUGGAACUGUAUAGACAGACCAGAAAGUCUCCUGCCAGUUUCAUUGUCAUCAAAACAGCCAAUUGUUUGUGUGGUAGCUGUCCUACACAGCAAAAACUUCAUUGAACAGCCUAGACAUUUUAUAAACUGGGGAAUCUUGGACCAAUUGAUAAUAUUUCUGACUGUAUUAACAUUGUAGUGCUAUCAAGUGCUAUGUGGAUCUCUUUAAAUUGUGGCAUUCUACAGUCUGUAUUAGACUUGCUGUUUUGUUUUGUUUACAGUGUUUUACUUCUACCUUAAAAAUUAGGGUUGUUUGUUUUGUUUGUUUCGGUGUAUUUUUGCCCUGAAUUAAGUGUUAAUUUGACAGGAACGCUGCUUUUAAAAAUCAUACUGGGUUCUAAUAAAUUAAAAGUUAAACUUGU